AGGAAAUUCAAUCAUUACCGCCAUCAUAAUGGUUUGUACACGGUCUAAAGCUCGUCGAAACGAGCAAUUAAGGGGAAAUGCUACUCAUCGUCAUUAUACCGCUCUCGAAAAGGCGUGCCUUCGCGGUGAGAUAGGCCGCUCGUCGUCAGCAAUAUGGGUUAGAGACCACGCGCUCUAAUCGAGCGAUUUUUCAGCGAAAUGGAGUCCCUAAAUCGUCUGCAUACCGCAUCUUAAAGUCUAAAAGGGGCGAUCGGCGUAUAUCUGAUCAGGAAAUGCGAGGGCGGAAGCCUCUUAUCUCACCUACCCAGCUCGCAGUCCUUGAUCGCUUGGUUGAAUCAAUGGGUUGCGAAGAGAGGAAUAUCACGUGGGACGCAUUGGCGUACGAGUCUGAUACCGAUUGCGCACCACGUACGAUUCAAAGAUCUAUGGCGUCUAUGGAUUACCAUAAGAGUAUCGCCUGCAGAAAAGCUUGGGUUUCAAGGAAAUUGGCAUCUAAACGUGUUGCGUACGCGAAAAUGAUGUUAGAGAGGUAUCCUACUGCAGACCAUUGGAAACAUGUUAGAUUCAGCGAUGAGGUCCAUAUCGGACUUGGGCCCCGAGGGAAGAAUCUUAUUAUACGGAAACGAGGACAGCGGUACUGUUUGAAUUGCAUCCAACGGGUUUCAGAUCCGGAUGAAGCGGACAAGCGAAAAAUCCACGCCUGGGCGGCUGUUGGGUACGAUUUCCAAGGCCCUCUUGUUUUCUACGAUGUUCCGACGAAUAAUACCGGUAAGAUGUCGCAAGAUGUCUACUUAAACAAGAUCCUCAAACCUGUCGUUGGUCCUUGGGUUGCAAACAACGAGUAUUUUGUAUUAGAGGAGGACCAAGACUCUGGACACGCACCGCCAAGAACUACCAAAACGAAGCCUUACCCGGAAUUGAAAUGGAAAGAGGAGAUAGGGCUGCAUUCCUAUUUUAAUUGCGCGGGGUCUCCAGACCUUGCGAUCAUCGAGGACUGUUUUCAAUCUUAAAGGGGUAUGUUCGCAAAUACAGGCAUUGGGAACCGGAGGAAACACGCCAAUUGGCACAGGAGGCGUGGUAUGAGUGUCUUGAUCAAGAAUGGAUUAACCAACGUGUCCUUACCAUGCCUGAUCGGUUACGGAAGGUUAUUGAAUCAGAGGGCCAGAUGAUUGCAUACGGUAGGGGCAUGGCCGGCCCAAACCCGGGCUAACAGCCAGAAUUUCGUAGGUAUAUACUCAUUAUCUAGGUGCGAAUAGUCUCA